CCGGAGCAGCAGCUGGGUGGAAGAAGCUGGAAGCUGUCAACACCAUUGGAUGCUUGGGAACGGGGGUUAGUCUUCUCUAUUUCAUCGGCUUGGUCAUUGCUGUAGCAGGAGCCAGCCCAUUAAUGUGGAAAAAAACGAUGAUGAUAAUUGAUAAUAAUAAUAUGAAAGAGCCUGGUAUCGUAAGCAAUCUAACGGGCAAAAAUAAUGACGGGGAAGGAAGAAAGUGUUUGUCCAAGAAACAGUGACAUCUUGUGGGGUCGACUCGGUAAGAAACUGCAGCAAUGGGGUAUCUUUGUCAAACUAGGCAAUAAAAAGGCAGUGGGGACUCCACUCCCACUUUAACAAAAGCUCGAUCGAGGAGAGGAGUACUGUCCUUUCCCUCAGUUCAUCAUCAUCCUCAACUCCUGCCAGUGCAAACCAUCAUGGUUCUUCUUUUCGCUCUGUUGUUAUAGUUCUUUCUUUGUAAGCAGCUGGAUGUAAGAAGAAAUGGCGCUUGUAGUCAGGCAGCACAAGGAAGAGAACUAUGUGAAGAACAGGAAGAAGAAGAACAAGAGAAGCAUGUCUGUUCCUGGGAUUAGUAGCCUGGCUUCCAUUGAGUCAUUGUCCAUGCCCCUUGUUCAGGAGGUAGUAAUAUCAGCAAAUAUGCAGUGUGCACAGUGUCAAAAGAGGGUAGCUGAUGUUAUCUCCAGAAUGAGUGGGACAGAGUCAGUAACAGUAAACCUGGUGGAGAAGCAGGUGACUCUCACUUGUACAUACCCAGGACCAGGACCAGGAGGUGGUGGCAGAAUCAUUUGCAGGAACCCUUUAAGCAGAAUCGCCAUUAUCAGCAGGCGCAUUUUUGGUUCUUAUUCUUCCUAGAGGUGUUGAGGGAUGGGAGAGACUAGAGAGAGACUACUACAUGUAUUCAUUACAGAUUUCCACUUCUGUAACCUUUAGAAGUAGUGGAAGCAAAAGGGGGAAGGGGUAGAUAUAUAAAUGCAUUCUUGUAAAGCAACUUGAUUGAAUCAUGUAUAUCUGUGUAUUUUUUUUGACAGGGAAUAUCUGUGUAUUAAUUCAGUGAUGGUGGUGCAUGUUUCUCCUUCCCAUAAACAAGAAGAAAUUAUUAAAAAAAUAUUUAACAUAACUACUAUUAUAUAAUCAUGGCUCAAAAAGUGCGUUUAAACUUACGAUUAGCCCUGAUAUAGAGUUUUCGUAGCAGAUUAGAUACCGAGAACACGUCAACAGAGUAAAGCGACACCUAUGUG